AUGGCGAACAAACGGAAGCGAGCGACGAGGAAAGCUACGACGCCCGAGCCUGGAAUUACAGGACCGGCGUUGGUGGGCAGUCCAGAAGAGGCACGCGCUCUCAUACGCCGUGCCUCGCCGCGGAAGAAGCGCAAGGUGGUGUAUACAGAGCUUGCAAUAGCAGGAGAGGACGACGCUGCACAGGAGUCAAAGGUCGACGCAGGCUUUGAAAGCCCGCUCACCGACCUCGACGACGACGGACCUGCGGACGUGAAAACACCGAAGAAGAAACCGAAACGCAAGCAGAAGGUCAAGGAGCCGGUCGUAUACGACAUUCCACCCGUCGAGACGAAGACGACUACGUUCAAGGGGCGACUCGGAUACGCGUGCUUGAACACCAUCCUACGCGCGACGAAGCCAGAGCCCAUCUUCUGCUCGCGCACACUGCGCAUCGACACGAUACUGAAGCCCGAGUUCGGCAUGGAUUACUGCAAGGAGCUGGGCCGUAAAAACGCGGAGGAUCUUGCCAGGCUCAUACAGUGGAACGAGGAGAACAAUAUCAGGUUCCUUCGGAUAUCGUCAGACCUGUUCCCGUUCGCGUCGCAUGGCAAGUACGGCUACACGCUGGAGUACGCGGAGAAGGAGCUGAAGGCAAGCAUGCGUCGUCGGCCUACAGAUGAUGCGGCGGGCGGCCUAGCGAAAAAAUAUGGUCAUCGCCUCACAACGCAUCCAGGACAGUUCACCCAACUGGGCUCCCCAAGAGAGGUUGUAGUCGACUCGGCCAUACGCGACUUGAGUUAUCACUGCGAAAUGUUUCGGUAUAUGGGGCUAGAUCAAGACACUGUCAUGAUCAUUCACAUGGGUGGCAUGUUCGGCGACAAGGAUGCUACCAUCCAGCGGUUCAAGGAGGUAUACACGACGCGCCUCUCCGACGACAUAAAGGCGCGACUCGUUCUCGAAAACGACGAGAUGUGCUACAACGCAGACGAUCUGCUUCCUGUGUGCGAAGAGCUUAACAUCCCGAUCGUGUUCGACUACCACCACAACUGGAUAUUCCCGUCGGUACUCCCCCUCCCCGAGUUAAUCGCGCGCAUCAACGCGAUCUGGGACCGCAAGGGCAUCAAGCCAAAGCAACACCUCUCCUCGCCCUGCCCCGGCGCAGAGUCCAUCAUGGAGAAGCGCAAGCACGCCGACCGCUGCUACGAGCUGCCCCCCGACCUCCCCGACGACAUGGACCUCAUGAUCGAGGCGAAGGACAAGGAGCAGGCGGUGCUGCACCUAUACCGGGUGUACAACCUGCACCCGGUGAUACACGAGAACCUGCGCCCGGAGAAGGCGGCGAAGCCGUUCCCGCGUAUGGUCAAGGAGGAGGCCGCCGCCGCCGCCGCCGCUGCUGCUGCGGGAGGUGAGGGUGAGGGCGCGGAGGCGACGCCGACGCCUCGCAAGCGCGCGAAGCGGACGCAGGCUAAGAUGGAGGAGACUGCAGGUAACGAUGCUUCGCUCGGAAAAUCGCAUUGCGGAACUUGUGGCUGA